UGUAUGCGCGGAGAGGAGGGGCCCUUCUCCGGCGGGGACUGGGCCACAGCCAAGCCGCGGGAGCCGUCCCUGUGACUCCCCACGGCCGGCCCUGGGGUGUGUUAGACCUGAGCGUGAUGGGGAACUCGGGCCGGGUCCGGGUUGGGAGUUGGGGGACACCGACGGGCACGUCGAUGCUUCCGGACGGAGAUGGAGUGAUGUUGGCCUGACAAAUGGGCGUGUGCGAUGGGCAGGGUUGCCCUAUGGGAAUGCAGGUGUAAAGACAAGUUAUCUACCACAGUAGAAGAUGGGGUCAAAUAGCAGCAGGAUCAGUGAUCUUCCUCAAAAUGAGUAUUUAAAAAAGUUAUCAGGCACAGAAUCUGUCUCUGAGAAUGACCCAUUCUGGAAUCAGCUUCUGUCAUUUUCUUUCCCUGCACCAACUAGCAGCACUGAGUUGAAACUCUUAGAAGAAGCAACCAUUUCAGUCUGCAAAUCUUUAGUUGAAAACAAUCCUCGAACAGGAAAUCUUGCUGCACUAAUUAAGGUCUUCCUUUCUAGAACCAAAGAACUCAAACUUUCAGCAGAAUGUGAGAACCACAUCUUUAUUUGGCAGACACAUAAUGCUUUGUUUAUUAUUUGCUGUUUGCUGAAAAUAUUUAUCUGUGAGAUGUCAGAGGAGGAGUUACACCUUCAUUUUACUUAUGAAGAGAAAUCUCCUGGCAGUUACAGUUCAGACUCAGAAGAUCUUUUGGAAGAAUUGCUGUGCUGUUUGAUGCAGUUAAUCACUGAUACUCCACUCUUAGAUAUUACAUAUGAAAUAUCAUUGGAGGCUAUAUCAACAAUGGUUGUUUUCCUUUCCUGCCAACUCUUCCACAAAGAAGUUUUGCGACAGAGCAUCAGUCACAAGUAUUUGAUGCGAGGUCCAUGUCUUCCAUACACCAGCAAACUUGUGAAAACCUUAUUGUAUAACUUUAUCAGACAAGAAAAGCCACCACCUCCAGGAUCCCAUGUUUUCCCUCAGCAGUCGGAUGGAGGAGGACUGCUCUAUGGUCUGGCAUCAGGAGUAGCAACUGGACUCUGGACUGUCUUCACUCUCGGCGGAGUGGGCAGCAAAGCAGCUGCCUCUCCAGAGCUUCCCUCUCCUCUGGCCAACCAGAGUCUCCUGCUUCUGCUGGUUUUGGCUAACCUGACCGAUGCUCCAGAUGCACCAAAUCCCUACAGACAGGCCAUUAUGUCCUUUAAGAACACACAAGAUAGCAGUUCAUUCCCCUCAUCGAUUCCACAUGCCUUCCAAAUUAACUUUAAUAGCUUGUACACAGCCCUGUGUGAACAGCAGAUGUCUGACCAAGCAACACUUCUUUUGUACACACUGCUCCACCAGAAUAGUAAUGUCAGAACAUACAUGCUGGCUCGCACAGACAUGGAGAAUCUUGUUUUACCAAUUCUUGAGAUUCUGUAUCAUGUUGAAGAAAGAAAUUCACACCAUGUAUAUAUGGCCCUUAUAAUAUUGCUGAUCCUGACAGAAGAUGAUGGCUUCAAUCGGUCCAUUCAUGAAGUGAUAUUAAAAAACAUUACUUGGUAUUCAGAACGGGUUUUAACUGAAAUUUCACUAGGGAGUCUCCUGAUUCUGGUCGUAAUAAGGACUAUUCAGUACAACAUGACAAGGACAAGAGACAAGUACCUUCACACAAAUUGUUUGGCAGCUUUAGCAAAUAUGUCGGCACAGUUUCGUUCUCUCCAUCAGUAUGCUGCCCAGAGGAUUAUCAGUUUGUUUUCUUUGCUAUCUAAAAAACAUAACAAAGUUCUGGAACAAGCUACACAGUCCUUGAGAGGUUCACUGAGUUCCAGUGAUGUUCCUCCACCAGAUUAUGCACAGGACCUCAAUGUCAUUGAAGAAGUGAUUCGAAUGAUGUUAGAAAUUAUCAAUUCCUGCCUGACAAAUUCUCUUCACCACAACCCAAACUUGGUGUAUGCACUGCUCUACAAACGGGAUCUCUUUGAACAGUUUCGGACUCAUCCUUCAUUUGAGGAUAUAAUGCAAAAUAUUGAUCUGGUGAUCACCUUCUUUAGCGCAAGGUUGCUACAAGCUGGUGCUGAGCUGUCAGUGGAACGAGUCUUGGAAAUUAUUAAACAAGGGGUUGUUGCACUGCCCAAAGACAGACUAAAGAAAUUUCCAGAGUUGAAAUUCAAAUAUGUGGAAGAGGAGCAGCCUGAGGAGUUUUUCAUCCCAUACGUCUGGUCUCUGGUCUACAACUCAGCAGUAGGCCUAUACUGGAAUCCACAGGACAUCCAGCUGUUCACGAUGGAUUCCAGCUGAGGCAGAGUGCACUCCUGCCUGCCCCUCCCCCAGCCACAAAGCUCUGUUAUUUUAUUCAGGGGAACAGAAGCAGACAGAUUGCCUGGUGUGUCUUCUGUCAGAGAGGAUCCCAUGAGUGUGUUCCCUGCAUACACUUUGAUUUGGAGAAUUGGUACCAGUUGGCCAUAGAUCACUCAGUUUAGAUUGUAGUGCAGGGAGGAGGGUGUGCACAACAAUAAUAAAUAUAGAAAUCUGCUAUUCAACAUGCAGUUUUAUUUCUAAACCAAAAAUCUAGAACUUUUCCAGGAUCUCACUGCAUUAGGUACAUAAUACCUGAAUAGUACUCAGUAAUUUUAAUUUUUUAUUUUGGUUGUGUAUGUGUGCGUGUGUGUGCACUCACCUGUCUCUCAAUAACCCACAAUUUUAUAAACACUAUAUGUGGACAGCAUGACACUAACUUCUAGACCCUUUUCAUCUUUCCCUCAGAAAAGGAAAAAAGACUCCUUUUCUAAGGAUUUGGUCUCUGAGCCAUACCUGGAAUUCUCCUAGAGCCCAAAACAAAUUAAAUUAAACUUCUCUGCAUUGAUCAUUAGGAAAAGAAAAGCUUAAUUUUGAAAGCAAUCUUUCCUUCAACCAGGCUAGUAGGAUCAAAAGGAGACUAAUUUAUUGAU